GCGGCCGUUGAGCUUCUCCGUUCUAGUACUGUUUGUACAGAGAUAUCCGUGGAGUGGGUGGGGGAAAAGCGAGACACAGUCGACUGGAGGAACAGGGAGGAGCCGAAGCUGAACCAGAGAACAAGACGGGAUUCACAGCUGAGCUUAUUCACCGCUACCUCUGUGCUCAAGUUCCCUCCGCUUGUGGGGAACAGUUUCUGAAAGUAGAGUUUUGCAAAGUUAGUUUCUGGAUUCUUCUAGCAGAAAGAUGAAAUCAUUAGGUAAAUCUUCCAAAUGGCCAUCUUAUGACUCGCUUCCCUCCACCUCAAGCUUCCCCCCCAGCGAAAGCGAACAGACUGAGGACGAGGCAGACAUCUUCUCUGAGGGAGAAGGGGACGGCGUAUUAAAAAGCUCGCUGCACUCAAAGUUUAAUGGCGAUCAAUGUGAACUAUACCCGGAUGAAGCCAAACAUUUGGUUCCUGAAGUGGCUGCACUGAGGUCAUCAACUCCAGGAGACUUGACCUUCGCUAAGAAAUGUGCUGAUUUGCACAGGUUUAUCCGCCCUUUGCUGCAGCUCCUACAGGGAUUACAGACUGGACGGUUUGACAAAGGCUUAACCAGCUUUCAGCAGAGUGUUGCCAUAGACAGAUUACAGCGAAUUCUUGGGAUCCUGCAGAAACCUGAAAUGGGUGAGAAAUACCUCCAGAAUCUGCUGCAGAUAGAGAUGCUGCUCAAAAUGUGGUUUCCUCGGGGGUCGUUCAAGUCCGAGGACAAAUCCAAGCAGACCAGCUCUGCCUCACUCGCUUUACAUCGGAGGAAAAAUCAGCUCCACAUGCCGGUCAAGAAGAGAAAGCUGAGCUGGUCAGACCCCGAUGUUGCCGACAGACUCCCGGCGAAGCAAAACCACACAGAACAUGAGAGGUGCCACGCUGCCUCUUCACCCGACACCGCCGCCGCUUCGACAUGUCUUCCUCUAGCUCCAGAAAAUCAGAUCACGGCAGAGGAGAAAACUGCUGACACAGAAGUGGAUAACUGCUCAGCAGGGCAAAGGUUUACAGACAGGACUGGCCCUUUAAGCAGGGCUUAUAUAUGUAGCAGGAGAGAAAGCGAGAACCCGAAGCGCACUGAGAUAUUUCUGCCCACCUCGCGCCGCAGCCCAGCUACGCAGGACUGCUUGGUGUCUUCGAGCAACAUCGUUCCUACGACUGACUUACCUUAACUGGCUGAGGCUGACCUUGCUAUCACAUGGAGGUAUCUCAGCUGGAGGGCGGACCCGAUUACAUAAGUAUAAGGUUUGGCUUGAAGCCAGUCUGCCAUGCCUGCAAGGCACAUUAAACCAGAGGAGGUGGAGGAAGAUACUUAUUAA